GGGAGGUUCGAACGAAUGACGUCCUGGUCAUUCCCAACCUUUGCGCAGGGUUGGACAGUUGCAACUCCAAAUCUUGAGGGGUAAAAUUCAUUCCAUCCUCUCUACUUUCCAUCUUAAAGUUCUGACCCGUAACCACGAUAUCAGAAGUAAGAAGGCAAUCGUUGUAGAACUUUAAUGGCAGGGAGAGUACAAGUGUCCCUGCCUUUCUCAUGGAAUCUCCACAACCAGCACAAGCAGCGGCCACCGUUGUCUGCCACCAUCUUUGCUCUGAGCAAGCAGGGCCACCGUUUCUUCUCCUCCCUUGCCGCCGCAGCUGGAGACGACUCCUCCACCCACCGUCUGAUCCGGAAGUUCGUCGCGUCAUCAUCAAAGCCCAUUGCUCUCGACGCCCUCUCCCAUCUCCUCUCCUCCGACAACAUCCACCCUAACCUCUCCUAUCUGGCUCUCCCCUUCUACGUGAGGAUCACCACAACUUCUUGGUUUUAUUGGAACCCUAAGCUGGUGUCAUCUCUAAUUGCUUUACUGGACCAGCAAGGACAGUUUGAAGAAGCAGAAACUCUACUCUCCGAAUCGUUUCAGAAGUUAGGGUUUCGAGACCUGGCUUUUUUUUACUUCGAUCUGAUUGAUUCCUACUCCAAGCGCGGAUCGAAGAAAGGGGUUAUGGGGGCUUACGGACAUCUGAAGCAACUCCUGUUCAAUUCCCCUAAUUUUUCUCUGAGACGACGAGCUUCAGAGACGAUGAUACGAGGGUUUUGUACCCUUGAUCUUCCCCAUGAAGCCGAGGAAUUUUUGGAGAUGACGGCUUCAGCUGGAUUCAAGCCCUCUCCCUAUGAAUUCAGGUGUAUCAUAAAUGGGUAUGGGAGAAAGGGAUCUUUGAUGGAGAUGCGAAGGGUUCUUGGACUGAUGGAGGAUGCAGGGUACGUUUUGGAUACAAUCUGCUCCAAUAUCGUUCUUUCGUCGUAUGGCACCCAUUCAGAGCUAUCAGAAAUGGUAUCUUGGCUUCACAAAAUGAAGGAUUCAGGCAUUCAAUUCUCGGUUCGCACUUACAAUUCCGUCCUAAAUUCAUGCCCCACAAUUAUGUCGUUUCUUCAAGAGCCUAAGCUUCUUCCCCUUUCCAUGGAAGACCUGAUUGAGAAGUUGCCGAGAGAAGAGGGUUUGCUGGUUGAAGAACUGAUUGGAUCGCCGGUGCUAGUGGAAACCUUGAAAUGGAGUUGUUCCGAGGGGACAUUGGAUUUGCACGGAAUGCAUUUGGGUUCUGCUUUGUUGAUCAUGUUACAGUGGAUGGAAGAGCUGAGAUCAGGAUUCCAUAGCGGAAGGUUGGUCGUUCCAGCGGCGAUUAUUGUUGUCUGUGGGGCGGGAAGGCAUAGUGGCGUUAGGGGAGAGUCGCUGGUGAAAGCACUGGUUAAAGAGAUGAUGGUUCGGUUGAAAAGCCCUUUGAGAAUUGAUCGGAAAAACGUUGGUUGCUUUGUCGCCAAAGGGAAAGCAGUGAAGGAAUGGCUAUGUUUGCAGAACUAGAUACUACUGGUGUUGAGCAAAGAUGAGACAUUCCAUGGAUUGGGUCAAGGAGACAGAGACACAGAGAAGAGAGAGGAAGACCAUAAGACCGAUUGAAGCCUUGAUGGAAGAAUCGAUCUUUUGGGAUAUGAUUUCCAGAGAUAAUAUGUACCAUUCAUGAGGUUGACUUAGCCAAUACCCAUUGACCAUGAGAGCUUCCCACUGUUUUCUAUUUCUGGACCUAUCAGAUUGCCACGACAGAUCAAAGUUGUAAACGACCCAGUUUGUAAGUUGUAACAGCUAGGACUUGAAACCUUUUAUUAUCUUCACUUGGAUUAGAAUAAAUGUAAGGGUAAUUUACAGCGCCA